AUGAAGAAACUGCUCCAGCACCAGCAGGUUCGUUUACACAAGCAAUGGCGGCCAGAGGAAUGGAGGUCUGUCUUUCCAACUCAUGGGACGCGUUCUGUAGCGAUUACUCUGACCUCUAGACAAUUUUCGACGACGCCGAAACUUGGUCUAAUUUCAGCUGCUCGCAGCAGACAGGCAGUCACUCGACCCUCGCGGAUUCAAGACGCACGAACAUUUUGGUGGUCGUCGAAACCAGCAGCUGGGACGGAAAGCGCAGCACCUCAGCCUUUAUCAGCACAGUCUAUGACCUCAUCAUCAAGUGACGUUGGCACCUCUGCUGCCGUUCAGCAUACCGCAUCCACACCCUCUGCCGCGGAUACGUUGGCAGCCGUCCCCAGCGAGCCAAUCUCUGCGACAGCAAACGUUUCGAAUGCCACUAUAGAUACUCUCGGAGCCAGCGAAGGCUUUGCCGUCGUGGCGUCGGAAGCUGCAAAGUUGGCGAGCAAUGACUAUUCACAUCUCUUCUCAUGGGGAUGGCCAUCUGGAGUUUUUCUUCGCGCUACCUCGUGGUUUCAGCACAUGGAAUGGCUUCAGGCUCUGGAGCUGGGCACGCCGGUCGUAUGCCUGACGCUCGCUGUCAUCCUCUUUCGAAUCCCAAUCAUUCCAUUACAGUGGAGAUCCCUAAAGGCACAGGCACGAUUUGCGCCGUAUCAAGCAGAGUGGCCGGAACUUAUGAGAAAGAUACAACAGGCUAAGCUGGAAGAAGACCAGAUCAAGCUUUACGAAGGGGUCGCACGGAUGCAGGAGAUUAGGCGAGUUUCAAACAUGAAACCAUUUGCUGGCCUCCCCCCUGUGUUCCUCUUCAUGUACACGGGAAUAGGAGCCUUCCUAGGUGCAGGCAAACUCGCCCAGUAUCACCGCGAGGUCAUUGAGCUGGGUGGCACUGGACCACUCACUUAUCCUGGGGGACUGUUUGGGACGGGAUUCCUAGAGGACUUGACAACCUUUAGCCCUACCCUGCUCGUCCUCUUAACGGCGACCACGUGGAUCAAUACCCGACGCUCGGCUCUGGAUUCGCCGAUAGAAACCAAAUGGCUCAAGCGAAUGCCCAGUCUAAUAACACCUAUUGCUGGUGUGCUUGGACUGGUCAUACAGUUCUCCGCAGCGCAGCUAUUGGUCACCUGGAUCGGGGUUGUCCUUCACCUGGCCCACUCCUAUGUCAGGAGAAUCCCGGUUGUGAAACGGCUGGCAGGACUGGAAAAGGUCCCUGUUCAGGACCCGAAAACCUACGAGUUUGAACCGUUUAUUAGCGCUUGGCGAAACUCGUACAAGGAUGCCAUGACUGCUUUGAAAGAACGCGCAGAGCAACAAGCACAGACCGCGAUUCGUGACAUGGAACGUCGGCGGGUACGGACAAGCAACAAUGUCAAACCACUCCCUACCUCCAACCAGGCCACAUCUGCAAAGAGGGACUUUACCGAGCAACCUAAAGCUUCAACCUCGGCGAACUUGUAUACAUAUACCAGUCAGCCUCCCCCUCGUCCACUCAGUCCCAACACUAGAAAAGCCGCCACGAAGAAUGCGAACAAGGGCAAGAGCAUAUCCACGUUGAGUAGGCGAGAGUUUUAUACCUUGUCGCGUGACUAUAGAUCCACUUUCUAA